UUCACGAGUUUGUUGUGUGUUACAUAACCUCAAAAUGCUUGCCGCUUAACGAUCUUAACGUACGCUUUUUUGAAGAAGUUCUGCAUACGAUAUAAGAAAGAAAUAGCAAGGAAAUAAUUCAUUAAGGAGAAUCAACUAUUUUGAUAAAAUGUCGACGAAGAGAAAAAGCGACACGCAAGUGCCGGCCGAGGAGAGCGACUUGCUCUCGAUCCGGCCUCUUGGUGCAGGCCAGGAAGUCGGCAGGUCAUGUAUCAUGUUAGAAUUUAAAGGGAAGAAAAUUAUGUUGGACUGCGGCAUACAUCCCGGGCUUUCGGGAAUGGACGCCCUUCCGUUCGUCGACCUUGUCGAGGCCGAUGAGAUUGACCUGUUGCUGAUUUCUCAUUUUCACUUGGAUCAUUGCGGAGCACUACCCUGGUUUCUUUUAAAGACGAGCUUCAAGGGUCGCUGCUUUAUGACACACGCCACCAAGGCAAUUUAUCGCUGGUUACUAUCAGACUACAUCAAGGUGAGCAACAUAGCCACUGAGCAGAUGCUGUACACAGAAUCCGAUCUGGAAACCAGUAUGGACAAAAUAGAGACAAUUAACUUCCAUGAGGAGAAAGACAUGUUCGGAAUCAAAUUUUGGGCCUACAAUGCGGGUCAUGUGUUGGGUGCUGCUAUGUUUAUGAUAGAGAUUGCAGGCGUAAAGAUUCUAUAUACGGGAGAUUUUAGCCGGCAGGAGGACAGACAUUUAAUGGCUGCCGAGAUCCCGAAUAUUCAUCCCGACGUACUUAUCACAGAGUCCACCUAUGGCACUCAUAUUCACGAGAAGAGAGAGGAUCGAGAAGGUAGAUUCACGAAUCUUGUGCAUGAGAUUGUCAACAGAGGUGGCAGAUGCUUAAUACCUGUAUUUGCUCUGGGAAGAGCACAAGAGCUUCUUCUUAUUCUGGACGAGUAUUGGAGUCAGCAUUCGGAAUUACAUGAGAUACCAAUCUAUUAUGCUUCCUCAUUGGCGAAGAAGUGUAUGGCUGUUUAUCAGACAUAUGUGAACGCCAUGAAUGACAAGAUCAGGCGGCAGAUAGCCAUCAACAACCCUUUCGUAUUCAAACAUAUCUCCAAUUUGAAAGGCAUAGAUCACUUUGAGGACAUUGGUCCAUGCGUGGUGAUGGCCUCACCUGGUAUGAUGCAGAGUGGCUUGUCCAGAGAGUUGUUUGAAUCGUGGUGCACAGAUGCCAAAAAUGGGGUAAUUAUAGCUGGCUAUUGUGUGGAGGGUACACUAGCGAAGACUAUCCUGUCGGAACCAGAAGAGAUUACGACUAUGUCUGGGCAAAAAUUACCACUGAAGAUGUCUGUUGAUUACAUUUCAUUCUCAGCUCACACCGACUAUCAGCAAACGUCGGAAUUUAUACGUACUUUAAAACCACCGCACGUAGUGCUGGUGCAUGGUGAGCAGAACGAAAUGGGUAGGUUGAAAGCAGCGUUACAACGGGAAUACGAGGACGAUCCCAACACCACCAUGGAAAUACAUAAUCCGCGAAACACGGUCGCGGUGGAACUCUACUUCAGGGGCGAGAAGACUGCCAAGGUAAUGGGUACGCUGGCGAUGGAAACUCCUAGACCGGGACAGACACUAUCCGGCGUGUUGGUCAAGAGGAACUUCAAUUAUCAUAUGCUAGCACCAUGUGAUCUGUCCAAGUACACGGACAUGAGUAUGAGUCAAGUUAUACAACGGCAAAGCGUUUACUUUUCCGCAUCUUUACCUGUACUGAAGCACCUGCUGACACAGAUAGCCGGUCACCUAGAGGUCGUAGACGAUAAGAAACUGAGAAUAUUCAAGAACGUCGAUGUCACGAUUGAUGGCAAGAUCAUCACGAUGGAAUGGAUAGCGACGCCAGUGAAUGACAUGUAUGCAGAUUCUGUUCUCACCGCGAUCCUGCAGGCCGAAAUAAUGGAUCAGUCACCGAAGGUUUUGCCUGCACCCACCAAAAUGGACAGGAUGCACUUCAAGGAGUGCCUCAUAGAGAUGCUGCAGGAGAUGUUCGGUGAGGAUUCUGUGCCCAAGAUAUUCAAAGGCGAGAAACUCUAUGUCACAGUAGAUGGUAAGAAGGCGCAUAUAGACUUGUUGAAUUUGGAUGUGACCAGCAAGGACGAGACUUUCCAGCAGAUAGUUCAAACGGCGGUUACGAAAUUGCAUCAAUCGUUGGCGCCGCCUAGCGAUGUAAUAUAG